AUGGAAGACGGAAAAGAAAUGGCAGCACCUUGCUCAAGUCAUGUGGCUGAAGAAAAACUGGGUAUUUGCAUGAGCAAUGUUUCAGAUGUUCCUCUUCUGACUGAUGAAGAGUUUGAUUUUGAUCUUUCACUCUCUCCAGCAAGUGGAAAUGAAGAUGAAGUCUUUGUUGGACCUUUAGGACACAAAGAAAAGUGUGUCACUGUCAAUGCAGAAGUAAAUAAAAAUGCUGAAAAAAAGACUAUGCCUGCUUCUGAUGAUAAACUCAUGUGGAGCCCGCUUACAGGAGAUAAAUUUGUGGAAAUUUUUAAAGAAGCUCAUUUGUUAGCACUGCAAAUAGAGACUGGAAGCAAGAAUGAUCAGACUGAAAUAAGCCAGUCAGAAGAACAGGAAAACAAGGUUAUAGAAAAAUUUGUGGAGGACUCAAAGUCAAAAUUGAAAAUACUGACAAGCCAACAUAUAAAGAAAAGUCCCAGGGCUGUUAAAAGGGAAACAUACUGUGUUCAGGAUAGCCCAGCAUGUCACCUGCCACCUUGUUUUCAGAAGGAAUUGGAUAAACUUUUGACAGAUGACAAAAUACAUACUUUUCAUACUACUCCAAACAGAAGCCCUGCUAAAAUUUGUGUAUCUCCUAUGAAAAUUGCCAGUUCACCUUUGACACAAGAACAGAAAACUAAAGAAAGAAAUACGAUGACAACUGGCCAUCUGCCAAUGGCAAAACCUUCAUCUGCUCUUGGAAAAAGCAAUUUGUUGACUAUUGAAAAGCCCAAACCAGGAAAACAUACUAGUAUUUCUACAAGAAGACACUUGAACAGUAUAGGAUCAUGUGAAGAUCUAACUUCUGAUAAAUCCAGUGCAGCUUCAGAUGUCUUUGAGGCUUCAUUCAGUGGCAGUUCUUCGGCACAAAACAAAAAAGCCCUUCCUGCACCAAGUAAGCCUGGCUUAAAGAAGAUAACACAUCUGAAACUUCCUGGUGUUGCCAGUGGCCUCACAAGAAGGACUACAUCUUUGUCAUCAGUUUCCAGCAUGAACUCAUGUCUGAAUUCAAGUUUACCCAUUUCUCCCAUAGGAAAAAAUGGAAAAUCAGGCAUGUGUUCGAGAGCUAAUGUGAGUGGCUCUAAGCUUUCAUCUAGUACAAACAGGCUGGGUCUUGUCAGACCUACCAGAGUGUCAUCUCUGCAGGCUGUCAAUACUGAGAAAUCCAAGAAGCAAGAAAGAUCAGCUAGUACUCCCAAAAUAUCUAGUGCUGUAAGCUUGGCUAAAUCUUCAUCUGCUGCACCAUCACCUGAGGCUGUAGGAGGUAGAAUUCAGAGGCUGAGCUCUGUUCCCAGUCUGCAGAAGCUAUGUCAGCAGAAUAAAGAUGAAAGUACAACAAAAGGAAGCCUGUUCCCAAAGCCUAAGACUAGAGUUUUAUCCAUUCCUACAAGUCAAGCUAAUGUUCUGGUGAAGGCUGGAGAUACAUCACCAAUCAAAUCAGCACCAAAAGCAACACCAUCUCGUGGAUUAACAUUUUGUGGCACACUUGGAAGCGCCAUGGCAGUCAGCACUCCUGUGAAAGCCUCAGAAGAUGGGGUCUCUCAGAAUUCUUGUUUUCCUCAGAAGUCUGUCUCCAUGACGCCUGCAAGUCUGAAACGGUCUGGCUUACCUACACCUGUUCGUCGUAUCUCAGGGUUUCCAGGAAUGACUCCUAAAAGUGUGUCAACAAUGGCAUUUUCUCCACAUGCUGCAUUUGGCUGUCAAAGUUCCAUCUUGUCUACCAAAAAGACUCUUACAGCUGGUUCUAAACAGACAAAAGAGAAUAAGAUGCAGAUAUCUUCUUCAGAAGAUGAUACAUCUCCUCCACCUGUGCAACCUCUUGCUCUUAACUUCUCACCAGAAAAAACUGCUUCAGAAGUAGUAGAAAAUGAAUUAAAAGAGGCUGAAGUACAAAAUCAGCUGGCUGAAGAGAAACAAACUGAGGCCUUACUGGUAGACAUUGGAGUAGACAAAUCUCUUCCACACACUUUGGAAUGUGAAAGUAGGCCUCUGAUUGACCUUUCCAAUAUUCCUGAAGUGAAUAAGAUUACUCCUCUUAAGCCUGUAUUUGCAGGGCAUGUGAAGCUAAUUGAUUUGAGUUCACCUCUUAUCACUCUGAGUCCUGAUGUAAACAAAGAAAAUCUGGAUUCCCCUCUACUCAAGUUCUGA